CACCGAGGAGAAUGCGGCAGAAACAAUGGUGAAGCUCAGCAACGAAACCCGAGAACGCCUGUGCCUAAAAGCAGAACCAGCUCAAUCGGAUAAUAUUGCCCUACACCCAGCAUUAAUCGCAGAAUGGAAUACCUGGCUGCGCAAGGGCCUGUAUGAAGGAGACGAAGAGGAAGAUAAGAAGCGCGAGGAAAAGGAGAACGAAUUACGAGACGAAAUUAUGAAAAAAUUCCCAAGAAAGGGGGGCCUACAUGCAGAGGCCCCAAAAUUGAACCAAGAGAUCCUCGCCUAUAUGUCCAGUACGGCCAAAAACAGAGAUAAACAUUUCGUCUCUGCACAGAACGCCUUGGGUUCAGCAAUGAUAGCAGUGGCAAAGUCCAUCUCUCUAAUUCUGGAACUAGAAGAGGACGACAUUUCAAGCAUGCUCACGCACCUGUUAGGUAACGCAGGCAAGCUGUUAGCAGGCCUACACUACCAACACUCGGUUAUGCGAAGAGCCUUUAUACUUCCUGGCAUCGACGAGAAAUAUCGAGAGCUACUCAAAAAGUCAGAAAUAACGGAAGACUUAUUUGGGGAAGACUUAUUCAAAAGGCUAAAGCACACCAAAUCUCUAGAUAAGGUGGUAGAAGACCUCGCUCCGCGCCAGCACAGCAAAAGACCCUUGAAGACUCCUAAUUGGGGAAACAGGAAGAGCCUGCCGAUGAGACCCAGGGGCGUCGCGCAGCAGGCGAAGAAAGGAGCCCCUCAGAAAUCUCUGCGUUACAAGGACCGACAGAGAUACUCCCAAGGAAACAAACAUGCACUUUCAAGACCAACACGACAGAACCACCAUGCUCGCUAGAGGAGAGAAAGGUCCAUACAACACCCACUAGCAGCAAAGAUGUCCCUGAUGGCAGGAAAAUUAUCCGGGAGUCAUUCCGAAGGAAAGGAUUACCAAGCACAUCCCUCAAUAUCUUCGAGGCAUCAUUGACCGAAUCAACACAUAAACAGUACGCGGGACCCCUAAAACAAUGGUGGUCCUUCUGUGCGAGCCAGGGGCUGGACCCGUAUCGGCCAAAAGAGGUGGACGUAAUCCAAUUCCUAACAGAAAAAUUCGAAAAAGGAGCGGCGUAUGGAUCUCUCAACUCGAUGAGAUCGGCAAUCUCGCUGAUUAGCGAAAACAACGUCGGAAAAAGCAGCAACAUCUCUAGACUCUUCAAGGGAAUAUUUAUGCUGAGACCAACGAAGCCCAAAUAUGAUCGAACCUGGGACGUGAAUAUAGCCCUGCGAAAAAUCGAAGAGUGGUACCCCUGGAGGAACUGACCCUCGAAUACCUGACUCAGCGCUUGGUGCUACUGCUUGCAUUGGGCACGGCGCAUAGAGCGCAAACGCUAGCGUCAAUCAAAUUAGCGAAUAUUAAACGUAACACAGAAGAAUACGAGAUAGAGAUACCGAACAAAAUCAAAACUUCCCGCCCAGGAUCAUACCAACCCCUACUAGUCUUACCAGUCUACAAAGAAAACCCCAAACUGUGCAUCGCGUCAACAAUCGACGCCUACAUUCAGAAAACAGCUCAGCUGAGAGGUAACAUAGAUGACCUGUUCGUUACAAUUAAAAAACCAACAAGGGCGGCAUCCACAGCAACGAUAAGCAGAUGGAUUAAGGCAGCAUUGUAUCGCUGCGGUAUAAAUGAAGAAUUCACAGCACACUCUACGAGACAUGCAGUAACAUCGGCAGCACUAAGGAAGGGAAUGGACCUGGAAACUAUUCGGAAAACAGCCGGCUGGUCAAAAAAUUCUCAGGUCUUCGCAAAAUACUAUAAUAAAACUAUUCCUCCAACAAAAAAAUCCUUUGUAAAAGCGAUCUUUGCAUAGCAAACGUGCAAUAGAAUUCCGCCCCCCCCCCAAAAAAAAAAA